AUGUUUGUUAAAAUGAAAGGGUCGGAGAUGCAGAAGGCUUUUGGACUGGGUGCUGCUGCUGCUUCUGCUCUUUCUGGCGGUAGCAGUGGUGCUUGUAGUAACGGCAAAGGUGAUGAUGUUUCCCACGCGUUCGGGGUGUUUCAGAACGCACACAUCAAUUCGUUUCCUGUGCGUGCGGCGAUAGACAUUGGGACGGGUGGCAUGAUUUCCAUGGCAGUUGGACGCGUUGACGCAGCGCGCAAUGCCGUGCGCGACUUCAUGUACCAGACGACGCUGCCGCUUCACCUCAUGUCAGCCAACGCCGAGUCUUCCUCGGGUCCGUUUGUUCUCUCCUCCCGUACAUUUGAAACGCCUCCUUCCUCUUUUAUUCUCAGCGAAAAGACACGGACAGACAUUCGAAACAAAAUGCGUAUGCUACAUGGGGCAUUGCGUCGUGAUCAAUACGAUGGUCUGAGUGAACGGGCUGCUGUGGUCUCGUGGCCGCUGUGCGAAGCCGCGGACGCCCUGUCUUUAGCAGAAGAACUAACACGUGAGUUCAAGGUGGACGUCCGCGUAUUGGGAAAGACGUUUCAUGUGAGCACUUUAUGCCAUACUUCAAAGCCCUUGUUUGGAACCGAGGGGGCGGCGACUCUUCUCCGCAAAAAAGGGGUGAAGGAUCGCGCCUUUCAAAAAGAUCACAGAAAUACUGAUGAUGACAGCUUGCAGUUGCUUAUGCAACAAAUUGUUCGUAGACGGGAGAAGCGGCGUGCGCGACACUGCAGCACAGAAAAUCAGGAUUGCCAUCAUGUGAAUAUCGAUGAACACUGCGCAGUGCUUCCAAGGCAACAACUGGAACAGCUGGCUUUCCUUGCGCACGCUGCAGUGAGCAAGUGCAUUGCUCCCCAACGCAUGCUUGUUAUCACGGAGGAUCGCCAUAAAGGCCUCUGUAUUCUUGCUGCGGACACAACAAAGGAGGAUGUGACGGACAAAGAGGGCAAAAAAGCUGUGGUGUUACGCAAUACCCCGAUAUCGGGUGGCCUGCUGUUACAUGUUCUACCAUUUGAUAUCCUCGCGGCCCAGCGUCUGUUGCUCACAGCAGUGCAGCGUCGUGCAGAUUUAUCGGAAAACACCGAAGACCGACGCAGUUCCAAUCCUGUUCUUCGUGAGGAGUUUAGAGAACUGCGAUGCUUGCUGGAGAAAAUGAUAGCCCCAACUUUACCAGCAUGGGUACAUGAGAAGUCUGGCGCUGGUGGUCUCAUUUGUGGCUCAAGCUUCAACGGAGGUGUACUUAACAUCGCUGCACGGGUGGCACAGAGAACAAAUGUUUCACUUGACCACCUUGAAACAAAUGCGGAGAUGCAUUACUGUGGUCUUACAGAUGUGUUACUAGCGGUAAAUUACCCAGACCCAACGACUGUAUUGCCGAGUGCCGCCUUUGCCAGUGCGUUAAUGCGAGCACUCGAGACGAACCGCUUUGAGUACUUACCGGAAGUGGGCAUUGCCGCCGCGUUGUUAGUUCAGCCCUCUUUAUGGAUAUACGAUCGGCGUGAGAAGGUGAGGACGACACUGCAAAAGAAAAAGUUCUUCAGCGGCUCUAGUGCACAACGUACAUUUCGUCGGCCGCACGCUAGAGAAAACCCUUCUGCAUCGCCAGAGGCAUCAUGGCAACUUAACCAAUCGUGGAAUCCGUUGUCGUACGCAAACAGCACGAAGGGGACAUGA